AUGGCAAGACCUGUUGGAAUAAGUGCCGAGGAUUACGAGGCUGCCAUGAUUCUGCUUAGUAUGAAGGGUUCGGGGAGUACUGAGAAGCGAGUUUCACCAGGGAUUGCCUGUGAACGGAAUGUUUCUGGGAGAUUACCGAUGAUAGUAGUAUCACCAUGGGCAGAGGGUCAGGUGUUACCGUUAGUGAAUCCGUAUAUUUUGUGGCAUGGUAAGAGAGAGAGAGAGAGAGAAAGAGAGAGAGAGAGAGAGAGAGAGAAUUAGUACAGGUAUUAAUGAUAGAAUAUUAUUUUUUCCAAGAUUUAGAUUGUGGAAAACGUCAUGGUUUUACCCUGGAGGAAUUAAAAGCGCUAAAGGAUUUGUAUGCAAGCAGUGGGGGAUAUCCUACAGUGCUGGAGAGGAGAAGCCUGAUGUUGCGUUUCGGGUUGUCAAGGGAAAAAGUGUUUGGAUGGUUUCAGAAUAGACGGGCCCGGGAGAAAAGGAACUUAUAA